CCGUGACAGCGCCGCUGGAGGGAGGGCGCGGCCGGGCCUGGGCAGUGGCGCGUAGAGGCGGCGACGCGGCCACCGAGAGCCUGCGGCCCGGCCAGAGGCGGCGCCGGCCAGGCCUGAGUAGAGGUGUGCGCCGCCCGUGCGGCGGGGAUGCGGGACCGGCUGCCGGAACUCACGGCGUGUAGGAGAGAUGAUGAUGCAGACACGGCUGUCGCUGUUGACAAGGACCAUUUCAUGGACGACUUCUUCCACCAGGUGGAGGAGAUCAGAAGCAGCACCGCCAAGAUAGCGCAGUACGUGGAGGAUGUGAGGAAGAACCACAGCAUCAUCCUGUCGGCACCAAACCCCGAAGGAAAAAUCAAAGAAGAACUCGAAGACCUGAACAAAGAAAUCAAGAAAACUGCUAACAAAAUUCGGGCCAAGCUCAAGUCCAUCGAGCAGAGCUUCAGUCAGGAUGACAGCGGGAGCUGGACCUCCGUGGACCUUCGCAUCCGCAGGACCCAGCAUUCCGUGCUGUCCCGGAAGUUCGUGGAGGUCAUGACAGAGUACAACGAGGCGCAGACUCUGUUUCGGGAGCGGAGCAAAGGGCGGAUACAGCGCCAGCUUGAGAUCACUGGAAGGAACACCACAGACGCGGAGCUGGAGGAGAUGCUGGAAAGCGGGAAGCCGUCCAUUUUCAUCUCGGACAUCAUCUCGGACUCUCACAUCACCAGACAAGCGCUCAACGAGAUCGAGUCGCGCCACAAGGACAUCCUGAAGCUGGAGACCAGCAUCCGGGAGCUGCACGAGAUGUUCAUGGACAUGGCCAUGUUUGUGGAGACGCAGGGUGAGAUGAUCAACAACAUAGAGAAAAACGUCAUGAACGCCACGGAGUAUGUGGAGCACGCCAAGGAGGAGACUAAGAAAGCCGUCAGAUACCAGAGCAAGGCCAGGAGGAAAAAGUGGAUAAUUGUGGCCGUGUCGGUGGUGCUGGUGGCUGUGCUGGCUCUGAUCAUCGGCUUGUCGGUUGGCAAAUGAGGGUGUGGAUGGCGCUGGAUGCUUGCCUGUCUGCCAGGGUGGCAAAAAUGAUGUUCAUUAUUAUUUGUGUAAUUAUUUUGCUUGUGAUCCUUGGGAUUAUCCUCGCAGCGACGUUGUCAUAGCAACGGCAU